AUGGCCAAGAUCCCUUCGCUGCUCUCCAUCCGAUCCUUGUCCACAAAAGUCCUUUUGCUUGGUGCUAUCAUCACCUUCCUGAUCACACUCUACACGUUCUCUUCUCCAUACUCUUUUCGCAUAUCAAAUUGGUCCUCAAUAUUCUCACAGGAACGACAGCGCAGUUCCUGCACUCCGGAAGAGUGGUCGAGUGGGCGUUGGGUAUAUAGCCCGACGUCCGACUUGGUGAAUUUAACGCGUCCAGAACAGGCACUUUCCUUGGCGGGUUUUGAAGGUUGUGCUGCAGACCGUGAAUACCACUGGCAUCUGGGCACAGACCACGAAGAACUAUGGGACAGAUUUCCUAAAGUCUCUUCAUACAGGUGGUUGCCUUCGAGCAAGUGUGAUGUCCACCCUCUCAAUGGCGCAGCGAUGGUCAAGGACAUGGUAGCGAAUGGCGGAUGGCUUUUACUGGGCGAUUCGAUAACAGAGAACCAUUUCUUUUCGUUGUCGUGCCUCUUGUACCCGCAUGUCCGCGCAACCCCGAAUUACACUGAAAAUCCCUACUUUGACCGUGCAUGGCAGCAACAUUUAUACCUGUCGCCAUCGUCACCCAUAAUAUCCGAACUCGUCAUGCCGGAGGGCUUCUCCAUCGAAAACACACCACUCGUUUCGUUCCGACGUGUUGACCUGCUUCUUAAUGGAACAGAAUUAGAUACGAUAUACCACAGUCCAGCAUUUUCUCUUGAACCCACCGAGUUGGACAGUCAAGAUCUUGGUUCUCAAUAUACGAAGGCAGAGUCCGUAUUCGGCGACGAGGCAUUUUGGUCUCUUUCGCCAUCAGAAUACAUGGCCACACUCCUUGAUUCGCCCCCGGAUGCCAACUAUGGUACGCUGGUUGUGAGUACUGCCGGACACUGGACAACCGGCACAUUGCGGGCAUUUUACGACGAGGACGCUGGAGAAGAUGCUGGCUAUGGUAUCCAUAAUGUACUUGCAUUCUUCAAGGUUGCGAUGCGGGCUUGGGCAGGUGAAGUACAGGACGCCAUCACAGAAUACUACAAAAAUGGGGGCAGGCGUCCAAAACAGGUAGUGGUUAGAGCGUAUCUGCCUGGUCACGAGAACUGCCACAACAUCUUCGAGCCCACGGAGACAAUCACGCCAUGGGUCAAUAAGUGGUAUAAUUGGCCGUGGAUCCAGGACUUCAACACAGAAUUCCAGGCACUGCUGUCAUCAUCCGAAUUUCCAGACAUUCAUUUUCUUCCGAUCGAGAGGCCAGGACGGCUGCGCCCUGAUGCUCACGCCUCUGGAGAUUGUUUGCAUCUCAUAUCAGGUACUGGUGUUAUCGAGGGAUGGUCACACUACAUCUGGCAUUUUGUUACGCGCGAACUCAGGCAGAAAGAUAUCUCUCACCACUAG